CAGAAUUCCAUUAAGAAUAGCUCAAAGCGGUGGGUAAACGGUUGCUCUGCUUUCCAUGUUAUUUUGAUGCUAAUGAGGAAACAAGCUGUCUUGAAAACGUUGUUUUUCCAAACCCUCUCAAGCCGACUCCUAAGCAACUAUCACAUCUUUACAGAUUUGGAGUUCCUGUCAUUGGCGAACAACUCCCUCACACACAUCACACCCGAAGCUUUCUCGGCUUUGCCUCAACUAAAGCAUCUGGAUCUCUCCAACAACAAUCUCUUGUCAUUACCGAGGAACGUGUUCAUUAAGCUGAAAAACCUUGAGACGCUCACACUAUCGAAUAAUGAGCUCCAAUUGUCACCAGACACCUUUGCGGGAUUGUUGGCCUUGCAACGACUUGAACUAACGUCAAACCGACUGGCCUAUCUACCACCAUCAGUCUUCAAGGGUCUGAAAUCGUUGGAGAUUCUCGAUCUCGCCAACAAUAAACUUCUGGCGCUACCAGCUUCACUGCUGUCUACAGUACCACAACUGAAACAUCUUGACGCCAGCCACAACCUGCUAUCUGAUCUAGAAGCCGGCCAAUUCUCAGCACUACGCGAAUUGGAAACGCUCAACCUCGCCGACAACCUUAUCAGUGACAUCAAUGAUGGAGCUCUGUUUGGAAUGGACAAUUUGACACUGCUGAACAUGACCAAUAACCAGUUAGUACGACUUCCUGGCAACACAUGGCCACUCGCCAAACUUCAAUCAUUGGAUCUGUCUGGUAAUCCAUUCGUCGCUCUCGAAACAGCUUCGUUCGAUACCCUACCAUCACUGCAGUUCCUGAAUCUGUCAAACUGCAGGAACCUGAAGUCGAUUCAUAUGGCUGCCUUUGUGUCGAUGUCGUCGCUUCGAACGUUAGAUCUCUCCAACUGCGCUCUGACGCACAUCGCUCCAACCGCCUUCCAGCCCCUACCACCGCUCCAACUACUGUCACUGGCUGGGAAUCGCCUCGAUACAUUACCGCCUACACUUCGAAUCUCCACUGUGCCCUUCCUCAAUCUCAACGACAAUCCAUGGGAUUGCUCAUGCGAGCUGCGGGCACUUCGACUACCAUCCUCAGCUCUCUGUGCUUCCCCGGAAUCUCUUGAAGGUGUGCCGUUGAAUGAACUGGACACCUGCUCCAUACUUCAUGGAAUGCUUCUUCCACUCAUGCUGAGCAUCCUGGUCCUCUUCCUCAUUAUCAUUCUGAUUUGCAUCCUUCUUAUGAAAAAGCCUGCUCCACGGCGAUCUUCUAUCUACCAUCAUCAAGCCCUCAUCAAUGCCUUGUCUCAAAAAGACUUUUACUUUGACAAAGGCAGUUUAUCACCGUACACCACCAGUGAUGAAUCCCAAGACUCCGCUUACGAGAGUCCCACUUCGGCUUUUCUUUCUCGACCGAAAAUGCCUUUGCCACGACCUCCACCGAAUCAUAAACCGCCCACACCAGUUUUACCAAAUGAGAAUUAUCGUAUUCUCACAAAUUACCCUGUGCCAAUGACUCAAUUGUAA